AUGGCGGCGUACCCGGGGCAGGGCUUCCCCGGCGCAGGACAGACCCCCGGCGCGCCCCCGGCCGGCCCCUACCCCGGGGCUCCCUACGGCGGGGGCCCGCCCCCAGCGCCCGGGGCGCCCUACGGACAGCCCCCGCCCGGGGGUCCCUACGGAGGCGGCGCCGCGCCCGGAGGGCCCUACGGACAGCCUGGCAGCGGCCCCUACGGCGGCCCCCAGCCCGGGCCCUACGGAGGGGCGGCUCCCGGAGGUAAUGCCCCCCCAGGUGUGGACCCAGAGGCCUUCUCCUGGUUCCAGGCGGUCGAUGCCGAUCGCAGUGGGUACAUCUCCGUGAAGGAGCUGAAGCAGGCGCUGGUCAACUCCAACUGGUCGACGUUCAACGACGAGACCUGCCUGCUGAUGAUAAACAUGUUCGAUAAGACCAGGUCAGGACGCAUAGACGUGUACGGCUUCUCAGCCUUGCUGCGCUUCAUCCAGCAGUGGAAGAACCUUUUCCAGCAGUACGACAGGGACCAGUCAGGCUCCAUCAGCUUCAGCGAGCUCCAACAAGCUUUCUCCCAGAUGGGCUAUAACCUGAGCCCCCAGUUUAGCCAGCUGCUGCUGGCCCGCUACGCCCAGCGAUCCUCCAACCCCAGCAUCCAGCUCGACCGCUUCAUUCAGAUCUGCAUGCAGCUCCAGAGCACGACCGACGCCUUCCGCGAGAAGGACACUGGGCUGGUGGGCAAUGUGCGGCUGAGCUAUGAGGACUUCCUCACGAUGGUCGUGACUCGCAUGAUGUGAUGCCCUCGGCGGAGGCCGGUGCAGGCUGCGAGCCGGCCAGGAGCUCUGCGGGGCUCUCCGGGAGCAGCAGCCGUCCUCGGCCUCGCACUGGGAUGUGGCCGAGCCUCCCGAAGAGCGAGCUGUUCCCCCAGGCUGGCUUUCCAGCCUGCUCCGCCCAAGGAGCCCCGAGGCCUGCUGGGACCCUCCCAGCUCCGAUUCCUUGUCCCCACUCAAUGGCAGUGGGUGCCUUCACGCCAAACUGGAGCCCAGUUCUGGGGCCGUGCUGUGGGUUGGGACAGCCAAACCAGUAGCAAGCUUGUGCCAUGCCUCCCAGGGAUCGCUUAGAUCUUCCCUCGCCAGACACAAAAUUAAACUUAAACCCCAUCUGUGCUGUCCCUCUGCUUGGCAGGAUGUUUGCAGUGGAACAUCCGUGUCUCGACACGCUUUUGGGGACUCUCCAGUGACCAAAAGCUGAGCUGUCAUUUGAAAAGCAGCAGGAAGGGCACAAGCGAUGGCAGAGCUCGUCCUUCCUUGCCUCGCAGACUGCCCUUCCUUGCCGGGAGCACAUCAACCCCUUGGCUGUGCUGGAAACACUCCAGCUUUCUGGGGAGUCUGAGCCCAGUUUCUCUCCAAGCUGCUUGGAAUGGGCCACGUCGCUGCAGUCACAUGCAGGAUCAUCGACCCCCCCUUCUUGCCAACGUCUGUCUUGAUUUGUCUCUGCCAAAGCCAAACUCGGAAACGGUUUAGAGCUUAUUUUUACAGCUUUGGAAUAAAAGGCGAUGUGCACUG